UCAUGAACAAGACCUUUCAAGGAGACAUGAGAGGGAUCUGGGGGAGAUGAGUAUAGUUCAUCACAGAGAAACACAGAUUAUCCUGGCUGACUUCAACAAGGCCCAGGAGGUCCUCAAAGACAAGAUCACUGCGCUGCAAAUCCUGUUGGAGGGGACAGAGGACAAGUUGAGGCACAGAGAAAGCCGACCAGAAGACCUGCAUGUUAUCGCAGAUCUCAGAGAGAUGGUCACAGAGAGAGAAGGUCUGGUGAAGAAGCUGGUGUCUUAUGGUCUUUCUCAGGACGACAAGAAGUUCUACCAGCUGGAGUUGGUCAGCAGGGAGACGGGCUUCAACAAGGUGUUCAACUCCAGUGCCAACGUAGGUGUAAUCAACCCUCUCAUCAAGCCUUCCUGAACCCAACGCCACAACCCCGCCCGACCCAUCGGGGGUGGAGGCGGGAAAAAGCCUUGAGUGCGUAGUAAAAGAUGAGGACCUGUACUCGCAGUACUUCACUUUCUGACUGUCAAAAACAAAUCUGUCAAAAAGAAUGAAGGUAAUGGGACAGAGAGCUAAAGUUGGACAGCAAACUGUAGGUUUUGAAAGUCAUUUGGACGACAUUAAUACAUCAAACGUCCAUCAUGUGCAGGACUGAGUGUGUGAUUCAAACCUUAGGGCUUCCAUACAUGGUGAGUGCCCGAACAUGAAAGUGUGCAUGGUAGCAUUCAUUAACACUUUUAUACCGUCUGCAACAUGUGACAUUUGUGAGAGCCUAACCCUAAGACCCUUCAAAGUAUCCCACAUACAUUUUAAUGUACAUUUAAAUCAUGACUUGGUUAUUUCAUGUUAUAUAUGGAUAAGUGGAAGGGAAAUAAAUGCUCAUAACUGAUAGAAACAACUGCCUUUAAACAUUCUCCAUGAAAUAAUGAUCCCUUAUGAUAUUUGAAACUGGGUUCUUAAGCUCAUACCAAAAGGUCACAAACUGUCGCAGUGAGUAUAAAGUGGGACACUAGUAACUGUAGAUUAAGAGGAAAUGUUUUCACCGUCAUAUAAGAUUUUUUUUGUACAUCAACAUGUGUCUUACACGCUGUGAUCUGACAGGAGAACGUCUUUUGCCUUGAUACUCGCCUUUAGUCAUUCAUGCUGUCACCCCAUGUGAAAAUGCACACAUUCAAACAUGUGUUUGUGAAAAAGGGACAAACCCUGCUGUUGAUUCGGGUGUUUUUUUUACCUAAAUAAUCUACAGUACUCCACAAUGACGACACCAGCAAAAUGAAAAGCCUAACUUUAGCUUCCUGUCCCAGUACUUCGACUGUGUACAUACAGUUUAUGUUUGAAAGUCAUUUUCAAAUAGGGGGGCUUGAUUACCACACCUGAACAUGGAGAGGAAGGGAAUCAAGCACCCCUCAUAUUUUUGUUAUAGCAAUAUUUAUAACAUGCUACUGUUUUUCUACGGUCUGUAUGUGGUGGACCAGAGAUGUGCAGAAAGAGAGUUCUGUCAGCGACAUGUUGAACGUUUUUUAAUGCCAAGGAGUGUUUAAUCAGACACUUUAUUUUCAUUACAAGCUAUGUGUUCAUGUCGCUGCCUGAAGCCUCCUGCUGCGCCUCUCUGCAGGACACAGACCUUAGAGCAUGUGGAAACAGAAACACUAUCAUGAUGCUGCUGUCACUCACUUGAAAUCCUCACACGUUCAGUUUUUUGGUGUACCGUCUGUUUUCUAACUUGAAAGUUUACAUUGUUCUUGUGUCAUUUUUUCAUGACUUGAAGUCCAUUGGGUAUCCUGUACAGUUUCCAGACUGCAUGGUCACCUUCAGCCAGAGGAAGGCUGUUUCUUACUUACUGAGAAUCGGACAGAAAAACGUGAGGUUUGAGAGUUUACUUCCUGUUUCAACGACAACACAAACCGUUUCAUCACAGCUCGUCUUCCAUAGCUGAAUCCCCCCCCUCUCGUCGAUAAUACACGAUCGUCGGCACUCUGGUAAAAUAAUUUUUUCAAAAAGGUUGCCGGCCCCUGCACUAAAGGCCUCAAUGGUUACAGGAAGUGUUUUCAUUGUUUAUCUUCACAAGUUGUAAUAAUACAAUCCUCAUACAUCUACUAAAUACUAAAUAUAUAUACAUGUUUUUGACGGUUCAUUACAUUGUCAUAAAGAGUAUUUCAUUUUCAUCUGCUCAUUUUACUGCAUGUACAAUGACAUUAACACAGCUUCUCUAAAUUAACAGUUUUGUAAAAAAAAAAGAAACACUUCCUGAAACCAAGUUGAGAGAGAUCCUGUGUGUUUACGUGUCAUAUGGGAAAGUGAUCCUGAUGUCCACAGCUGAUAUUACAUUGUUUAGUUGUAAAUAUUGACCUGUCAUAAAUACGGAGGAUGAUAUGGGAUCCAUGCGCACUGUGAAGAAUAUAUUUAUUCAAAUGAAUAUGUUGAUAUAUUGACAUUUACGCUCAAACAUCUGCAUCAGACAAUGCACAAGUGUUUAGUUUCUUAUAAGCGAUUUUUAAUUAAUGCAUUUUCUCACUAUUUUAUUUCCAUUUGAAGAAGCACACCCUGGAGGCUGCCCUGUUUCAAAGUGAUAGAGUGAAACCACAAGGUCCAUACAGUGAACUUUUGAUUAUAUCACAUGAUCUUCGUCAGCUGAUAGUUUGCUCUGUUGUCCUUUUACUACAGAUACUUAAAUAUCCGCUUUUUUCCCCUUGCACUUUGAUUUGUUACUGCACUUUCUCGUCCAUGUCGCCUCAAAAGUUGAGGUUCAAAGCUUAUCCACAUAUCACAUAAUCUUCAAUAUUGUUUAUUGUUUUUUAUGAACAAAGAAACGUGUAAAAAUAAAAUAUCAAAUAUUUGAAAUAUUUAUUUAUCUGUUUGUUUUUUUGUUUUACUUUCUGUAUUGUUUGGAGAGUAAUGUAUGUCCUUUCCUCUGAGCCAUUUGAUCGAUUUCUCUCUGAGCUAAAGAAGUUUCUCACCAUCACAUGACCCUGUCCAUUGUUACCCUGAGAUUUAUGUGUUUUUGUAUUAAAUGUUGUAACCUUUCAAACUGAA